AUUGUCGAGAACACUCCCGAGGCUUAUCUCAAUGCUAUGGUUGCCACUUGGAUUGCCGACGAGUUCGUCUACUCUAAUGGUCUACAGACUAGCGAGUUCGGCUUCUUCCAGUUCAUGCGCUCGCUCGAGGAAAAGUCCGAAGGUGAGGUUACCCCUUCUACUAUGUGA